AUGUCCGCACAAGGUCGUCAAUCCCCCGAGCCCCAAACCCAAUCAGGCUCCCAGCUCCACGACCCUCCCGCCACCGGCAAGAUCGACAACACCUCCAGCACCGGCGGGAGCCAGGCCCCCGAACUAUCUCAUGAAAAGGCACACAAUCAGUCUGCCUCUGGCUCGUUGGAGAGUAACCCCACACAUGCGCUGGAGGAGUUGGAGGCGGAGAAGUUUAAGAAAUAA